ACACGUCCUUUUCGAAGGUCGAUUGCGAACCUGGGUGACGGACGGCGUGCUGAGUGGAAGAUGAAGUUCUACAGUGAUAGUUCUAUGUUGAACUUUUGUUGGGAACAGGUAGCGGUAUCAUUUUGGCAGCGAUAUCCGAAUCCAUUUGCUAAACAUGUGUUGUCAGAGGAUGUGAUUUCGAGGAAAGUGAUCGACCAAGAACUAUACUCGAAACGCCUUCUGCGGAAAACCAACAAAAUGACAAAUUGGGUGAAGAAAUUUUCGGGUGGUGAAAGUUUCACGUACAUCGUCGAAGAGUCAAUUGUCGAUCCCAUACGAAAACUUAUUACGACUUACACUAGAAACAUUGCAAUGCAACAUAUCGUAUCUGUUGAGGAGAAAGUUGUUUACAAACAAGAUCCGGAGAACAAGGAUAUGGUUGUUUGUGAAAGGAAGGCAUGGAUUUCUUCUCCUUUACGAUUUGGAGCCAGUGGUCCAGUGUGUUCUUUCGUCCAUAAGAGAUUCAAGAAAAAUUCAUUGAAAGCAACAGAAGGAUUCCGACAUGUCUUAGAAAGUAUGUUCUCUCGCAAUGACCAAUCACUAUCCAUGAAUAUUCCAGGACAAAUGUACAUGUCAAAGGAGAUGAUGACAGAAGGGGCCAAGAAAGCGACAGAAUAUGCCAUGAAAAUCAAGCCGCUUAUUCCCAAAACAUAGCUUCUCAUAUAAGCAAUGAUACGAAGCGAACAAGAUGGAAUCAUUCCUUAGUUGUGCAUAUGUCUUAAAUGCCUGGUACUCCUAAUUGGUGAAUAUUUCAUCAUUAUUCCAUUGAUUGAUGUAAAGAAAGCAAUAUAACUCUUGUGAGCUGAAUCAUACUGGUGCAUUUUUAUACAUUUCAGAGACAUAUGUACAUUUCAUUAAAACAAUGAAAUUGUAA